CCGGACGCUCUUGGGAGAAGGAUGGAGGAGGAGCAGAGGCUCCGGGGGAGGCUGAGCCGCCGCAGGCCGCCUGCAGGGGGCGGGGCCCCCAACUGCCCGCCCUGGUUUCUCUUGGAGGACCGUAAGAGAGAGCCGUGGGCUGCCCUGCUGCGUAGCACUGUGAGCGGGAACGUGGAUUUGACCCGGAAAGUUGAGCCAUUGCCACCACUGCCAGCUUUGCCCGGCCAGGAGUCUCUGCCUGACCCAGAGCCCACUGUGCCUCCCGAGGUCUUCACUGUGGGAUCCAAGACUUUUUCCUGGACGCCCUUUCCACCUGCCUUUGGUGAUUCUGGAAACUCCUACGAGUUGUUCCACGGGGCUGGAGGCUCCCUGGGGUCACUCACUCCAUCCUUGAAAGGAUAUCCUGCACCAGAUUCCCGGCAGACUCCCAGCACAGAAGAGUGUGUGUCCGUGCAGAGUCCACCCGUGUUGCUGAACUGCCCAUUGUGCCAGAAAGCAUUUGACCCGAAGCUCACCCAGCUGGAUGUGGAUAGCCACCUUGCUCAGUGCCUGGCUGAAAGCACAGAAGACGUGAUGUGGUGAGCGGCAGCGUGGUCUCCUGUCUCCUUCUCCCAGCGUACAUGCUGACACAGGGAUGUGACGGCUGGGACGUGCUCAUGUGGACAUCUGAGCACGGGUGUUUUUUCACUCACAGGCACCGAGCGUAAUGCUGAACGCUGUGGUGCAGACGGCAGCAGCAGGUCCCUACCAUGGUUCCUCUCAUUGCCGACUUAACUGGGUUUGGAAUCACCUAUCAGACAGACCUCAGGCUGUGUCUGUGGAGCUGUUUCCAGGGAUUAACUGAGAAUGGAAGACCCACCUUGGAUGUGGGUGUCCUGUGGCCUGGGGUCUCACUGAAUGAAAAAGGAAAAAGGAGAAAUUGAGCUGCUUCCUGACUGGGGAUGGAUGCUCUUCUCACCUGGCUACCUGAGCUACAGUAGCAUUUGCUGCUGUGCCUUCCCUGCCGCGAUGGACUGUACUUCAACCGUGAGCCAGAAUAAAUCUUUUUUUAAAAAAUAUA